AUGGAAGCAAUGAAAUUUCAUUAUGCACAAAGUGCAAAUAUUGAUGAGAAUAGUUAUGAAAAUGAAGAAUCUGAAGAUUCAUCUGAUUUAUCUGAAAGUGAAACUGUUUUUGUUGCUUUGUCUCAACAUGAUAUACGAUCUCUUGAUGAUCAAGAAAAUCAAUUAGAAAAUAAUUAUGAGUUAAUUAUAAAAGAGAUAUAA